GGCGGUGGAGGCGCUGAGCUAAGCUGGGGCCUGAGAAGCUGUAUUUGUUUUUGUGUUUUUUACCCCCUCCGCCCCCCUGCCGUUUUGGUGAGUGUUUUGGUGACAGCGGUUAGGCGGGUAAAGUCAGGAACCCUUUGGUGACCUGGAACCCCCAGACAUUGGCCUCCGAACCCCGUGUGUUUGUUGCCUGACAAAGGAACAAUCGGCCUCGCUCGGGCGCUAUGGUGACGGCUGCGUUCGGUGCUGAUUGUGUCGCUCGGGCCCCGCGUUCCACUCGAACGGCGGUACAAAGUUCCCGUUUGGAGCGCGUGGGCAACCGGGCUGCUGUUUGCGGAGAGACCGUCUCCCUUCCCUGUGCAAUCCCAUCUCUCCACUGAAAGCUUUCCCCCCAACCUUGCACUUUUCCUCUUACUGUCACAGACCAGCGGUUCGCCUUGGUUUCGUCGUCGGAUCUUCUUCAACCAAAAAUAAUAAGCAUGUGUUUCGGCUUAGUAAAAAAAAUGUCCGUAUUCUGCAAAUGUAUUUCGUUGUCCUCGUCAGGUUUAUUUAUGAAACUCUAGAUUUUUUUUCGUUGAGGGGCUAUGGUUGUUGAGAGUCCGUGGAGUCAGAAGUUUGGGGAGGUUUAGCAACAUCUUUGAUGCCAUUGAUCUCUGCGGGAACUUGCAGCAAGAAUCUGAAACUGGAUCCACAGUUCUGUUAAAUGGCUGGCUGUGGGGAUGUCGAUCAUGCAUCAAACAUGAUUCCAGGAGGAAGGAAGUUAAAUGAGUCUUGCUCAAACAUAGCACCUUCUCUGACUGUACCGGAAUGUGCUAUCUGUCUUCAGACUUGUGUUCAUCCUGUUAAACUGCCAUGCAAACAUAUCUUUUGUUUCUUGUGUGUGAAAGGAGCAUCUUGGCAAAGCAGACGGUGUGCACUGUGUCGUCAGGAAAUUCCUGAGGAGUUUCUAGACAAACCAGCUUUACUGUCCCCUGAAGAGCUCAAAGCAGCAAGCCGAGGAAAUGGGGAGUAUGCUUGGUACUAUGAAGGCACAAAUGGCUGGUGGCAAUACGAUGAACGCACAAGUAUAGAGCUGGAAGAUGCUCAUUUGAAAGGCAAAAAGACAAUUGAAAUGCUCAUAGCUGGAUAUUUGUAUGUUGCGGACCUGGAGAACAUGAUUCAGUUUAGACGUAAUGAGCAUGGUCGGCGCAGAAAGAUGAAACGAGACAUAGCAGAUAUUCCCAAGAAGGGAGUGGCGGGUCUUCGUUUAGACUGCGAUUCUAGUGGAUUAACUUCAGAAAGAGAUAAUUCAGCAGAUGGAGCAGUUAGUCUUGCUAAUGCUGGAUCUGUGUCCAUACAACCUUCUGCUCCCAUUCUGAGGCCCACAGUUAGACCUGCAACUUCAUUAGUUGAUCAGCCAGUAAGUCCAAUAACUCCUUCACCAGAUGCAAAUAUAUUGCUUGUGAACUCCCUUGCACAGUUGCAAAUAAGUGGCCAAAACUUGACCAGGAGUCAUAGAGGAGAAGGCGAAGAGCAAUAUGUAGCUUCUGUAAGUAGAGUUUCAACUGCACAGCAUGCAGCUAGUAUGUCUUAUGAUAACACUGAGUCUGCAACAAGUUCUGAUACAGAGGAUGAGAACACCAGUCAGCAUCAUGAGUCUCCAAUGUCCAACCACAACAGGCAAAGACUUGCUUAUCUGAAUAAUGAGAUACCAGGAGAGGAGCCAUCUCCAGCAGAAGGGCCGAGCAGCAGCAUCAGAGGCAGGGAGCAGCAACCUGAUGGACAAUGCACUGUAACAGAGGUCUAGAUCUGACAGUUCUCACUUCUAAAAGGAACAAAUGUUAACGCUUGCAAGAUUUAAGGGCAACUGAGGAAUAUAGAAUUUCUCAACCAGAAUUGCACUCAAUUAAAGCUAGAACUAACUUUUAAUUGCUUUACUUCAUUUUGGCGUGAUUGCCAUUUUUGCAAUUUGUAAGUUUCUUUAAUGUAGGAAUUGCACGAUAUUUAUUGUAGUUAUAUUAACAUUAUUUUCAUUGUUUUAAAAUAUUUUAGUGUUGAAUUUCAGAAUGACUCACCCUUUGUGCAUGUUAUAAAAUGUGAAAUCUGAACUCCUUGCAAGCACCAAUUGUGCUGAAGGCUUUUCAUUCUCCUUGGUAUUGUACAGAUGCCUUUUGUGAUUUUUUUUAAAAAUUACAUCCAUGUAGAAUUAUCUGGUUCUGUCUGGCAAGUGUUUGACUAGACCUUUUGCUUUGUAAAGCCAAAUUAAGAAUCAUUGUUUUCCUUUUCUCCCUUUUUAUUAAGUACAUCACCCUAUUGUAUCAUUGUAAUUGAGGCUGGUAAUAGCUGUACAAGUAACAUUGCCUACAUAGUUGACAUUCAGUGAAGUGUUAGACUAGCAAAAACAAUUAGUUAACUUUAAAUUUACAUUAUUCUGACUAUAGCAAUGGUCAAAAUAAAGCUUAAACAUUUUGUUAAAAUUUGUUGUCACAUUGGUUCUCUGCAUUGCAAACCAAUUAUUUACAAAAGCCAACUUCUGACAGUGAGAUUAGCAAUAAUGGAUAACCUGACUUCUGUUCAACAAACUAAUGUAAUU